UCCAGCAACCGGAAAUGGAGAAAAAAAGCCCACAACUGAUGACGACUUGACUCCACCUCAUGAUGCCAUCUAGCAACAGAUGAGCAGCGAUCCAUCCAUGUUGAGUUAAGGCAGCCAGAGAGCAGCAGUACCGUCGCCAGGGUGCCAUAUAAAGGACUCCUAGUGACUGUGUGAUGGUCGGACGGGUCACGGUGCUUCCCUUCCUUCCUGCACCGGAGCCUGGCCGCUGUGUUACCCGCGUGUGCUGCCCCUAUAGCGGGCACUGAGAGUCUGUGUGUGGCGGACUGUAGCGGACCGCUAUGGAGGCGCUCUGGCUGAUCCCGCUGCUGCUGGUUCCGCUCCUCAUGUGGACCAGCAGAACCUUUGUUUUCUAUUUCAAGAAGUGUUUCUACGUGGGCUGGAUGAUGGUGCUGGCUCUGGUCGCCAUUCCUCUGUGUUUCCUGAAGAGCGGCGGCAGAGACGUGGAGAACAUGAGGAUUAUUCGCGUCUUGGUUCGUCAUGUGAAGUACUUCCUGGGUCUUCGGUUUGAUGUGAGCGGUUGGGAGCAGCUGCAGACGGAGGGACCCUAUGUCAUCAUCUCCAACCACCAGAGCUCCCUGGAUGUUUUGGGCCUGAUGGAGAUCUUACCAGACCGCUGCACCAUGAUCGCCAAGAAGGAGUUGAUCUACGCCGGCACAGUAGGUCUCAUCUGCUGGCUGGGUGGCAUCGUUUUUAUCAACCGCAAGAAGACGAGCGAUGCCAAGAGCGUCAUGGCUGACGCUGCCCAAACCAUGCUGGACGACCAGAUCCGUCUGUGGGUGUUCCCAGAGGGAACGCGAAACCAGAGAGGCGACCUGCUGCCCUUCAAAAAAGGGGCUUUCCACCUGGCGGUGCAGGCACAAGUACCCAUCAUACCCAUCGUUUUCUCCUCCUACAGCGGCUUCUACCUACGGAAAGAAAAGCAGUUCAACUCGGGGACCAUCAGAUUGCAGAUCCUCCCAAAGAUCGAGACAAAGGGGAUGACGUCAGACGACGUUGCGUCCCUCUGUGACAAAUCCUUCGAAGUGAUGCGCUCUGCCUACCUGAACGUCUCUGACUCCGUAACCCAGAGCAACGGGCCGUUGAGGCACUGAACAUUUACCAUGCUCCCGCUUCUUUUUCCUCCUAUAGCCCAUCCCUCCCCCAGACCUCCCCGCUCUCCCCGGGUUGUCCCAUUACCUGGCUAGGAAACACCGUGACACAGGUCUCUUGUCAUGAAAUCUCUUCUUGUCUAGUCGACGCCUGGUCCGGUCCGCCUCUGGCCUGACCACACAGCACAGCCAGUCCUGACCCUCACUGUGUCUGCAGCAGCAGCACCAGCAGCAGCGCUGCUCUGCACGCCGUGAGCGGAGUGACGGACGGCAAGCCGAACAGUAUACGUGUGUGUUGUUCUUCAUGCAUGCCUUUUGGAUGGCUCUGUCCACCUUCAUCCUUGUUUUGCUCUCUGCCUUUUUUAUUGUCUUACUUUAUCACCAUUUUGUACCUUUUUUUUCUUUUUGGCCUUUGUUUCUCCACCUGCCUUCAGUUUAACAGAUCAUCCUUGGCAUUUUCUCUGUUCAUAAAUGUCAGUGGAUAGUCAUUUGUUCCUCUCAUACUGCCUUUAUUUGAGUUAUCCUCGGAUGCUCUCGCACACAAACAUACUCGCACACCCUCAUCCAGAGUACCCCAUCUCCUUCCUUCCUUUCCUUUGAGUGUGCUCUCCCCCUUACUGCAUUCCAGUCUCUUGCCUAAAGACAAAAGGAGCAGGGUCUCCGCGAGCGAAGGAGCGUGUGGAGGUGAGAGGUCGACACCGGUCGACCACGGACUUCUUAAGUUCUGUCGCUAUGAAUUCAACUCUAUAUCCGUAUUGGCUCUUCAACUGAACGACCAAUAGCUUCGUGACAUCCUUCAUGAUGUCAACGAGCGAGGAAUUCAAGCUUACAAGAUGCAGUGUGUACCAAUAGCACCCAUCUGUACUGAAUUACUGGACUGAUCAGUUCUCAAUGUUGUGCAUUGUGGGUGUAUCAUUGUGCAUUCUUUCAUAUUCUCUCCAAAAGAUUAGAAAUAACCUGCGUUGACCAACAAGUGUCUUCUCGCUGUAUUUUUGCUUUCUAUUUAUUUCUACAUCAGAUAAUCUUGUUUUAGUUUUUUUUAGAAGUGAUUUUUGCGCUUCGGACAGCAACUCACAAGUGAAAUAUUUAAGACGUAUCAAACAGGUGAUUUCAUAUUGUGCUAACUGUUUUUAGCAUUACUGUUAAGUGCAAGCUACCUGCUGUGCCAUGACAAAGUGUUUUUUUGGGAAGUUUCCAGUGUAAGCCCGUUAUUAUCUCACUAUGAACUGCUUUAAUGAGUCAUCACUGACUGAUAGCCCUGAACCAAUCAUGAGGAUGAGGGUACAGCUUGUGUCAAAUCGUGAAAUGAUUGAUCCCGAGCAUUUUUUUUGACUGAUUUCAUUUGUUCUGAUUAACUUGAAUAUUCACUAAUUACUAACAAACCUGGCAUACUUAAAGCCCGGAGAGGCAGUCUAUUUUUGAGGCAUUAUCGGGCAGACUUCCAUAAUAACCUUUCAGCAUAUUGUCAUUCAAGUGUUCUGAGAGAAAACUAGACUUCUGCUCCUCCUCAUGGCUCUGUUUUCAGGCUUUAAUACAUCUAGCCUGUGACGGGAGACUUUGUGCCAAUCACAGGUCAUCUCAGAGAGAGAGCGUUCCUAUUGGCUGUUCUAGAAAUGCAGAUGAGCGUUCACGUCCUUUUGUUGCCCAAUGAUGCCAAAAAAUCUACCGCCUGCCCCCGCUCUAUGUCAACAUCUCAGAAGAGUUUAAAGGUUGUCCCUGUUUUUUUCAAUCAAUAUAAAAGUGAAUACCAUUGUUUUAGUUGUGAUGUUCUGAUUCAGUUAACCUCCUAGAAGAAUAUUAGAUUAUUUUAAGAAGGUUGUGGAACUUUUGGCCUUAAGUUGGAUUGGCUGUUGUUGUUGCACCUUGGAUUGUUGGGCUAGUUUGCUUCUGUUCUGUAAUGUGAACUGACGAAGACUUCUAACCGCGUAGAACCGACUGAACUGUUUUAGUUUACAUCCAGGUCUUACAUUUCACGUUGCUCACUGCCUUUACACGGUUUGCAAAAUCACUUAUUUCGCCGCUUUUGCCCAUUAAACACCAUCUGAGAAUGUAUUUCAGCAUUCAGGAUAUUUGUGUACUACUAACUGCAUCAUAUUAUUUUAAUUUGUUUUAUUGUAUUAAUGUGGAUGUUGUCUUGCUUACAGUUGGCAUCGCAUCUAGAAAGUGUAUUUAUUUGACCAUUACAUGUUAAAUUUAGACUGACUCGUACACACAAACCUCCUGAGCAGAUCACCUUGUGAAUGGAUUUAUCAAUACUUUGGCACUAAGCCACUGCUGUUCAUAGGUGAGUUACCUGCUGGUGUUUGUAAGGGUUUCAUUCAUGUUCACAGCCAGUAUAGAAUAUACCCCCCAUAUUAAUACUAAUUCUGUUUGAUUUCUUAGUUUGAAUCUAUUUAUUGAGUUUUGAUCUGUAAGGGCAGAUUUGACCUUUGCAGCAGGUGGUCUGAAUGUUAUAAAUGUACUCAACCAAAUUGAUUUCUUCCAAAAAUAUGAAGUAUACCAUAUAAAUUUUGCUAAAGGAGUGUUUUAUCCAUUUAUUUCCUGUUUUUUUCUUUGUUAUUUUGUAAUACAAAUGUGUGAUUUGUAAGCUUUGUGUCCUGAGGUUGAGCCGGCGGCGAACAGGCUCCGCAACAACCCCGCUGGUUGGUUUUUGGGCAGUUGUUUACGAACUGAGAUACUGUAAGAUAAAAUAUUCAAAGUAUUCUGAACCUUAAUAAAGCACUUUUCAUGCUGAGUUUGGGUGGAAAAAUAAAACAACGUUUUCUGUGAUUUUUCACCAAAGCUAUUAAAAGUGUAAGUGGUGGUCGCUUUACGUGGAUCUGAGAAACAGAGCUGACAUCCUGCAGAGCCUUGUAUGUGUGUGUGUGUCUGAAUAUGCACACAUGGUAUAGACGCACAUUAUAGUAUCUGGUUAAUAUUGAUGAUGUAGUGUUCUUGAUUUCACCGGUUCUGGUUCAACGUGAAUGCAAAAGAAUAAAUAAACAUCAAUUCUUUUUUUCA